GGAGGGGAACCGGCAGCCGCGGCUGCUGCGGCCGGCGGGGUCGGUAGUCGUCAUGGAGUACCCGUGGGAUGAUUUGACUCUGGCCUUCUCCCGCACGUCCAUGUUCCCCUUUUUUGACAUCGCCCACUACCUGGUGUCGGUGAUGGCGUUGAAGCAGCGACCAGGAGCAGUGGCAGCGGCAUGGAGUAACCCCCUGUCCAGCUGGUUCAGUGCUAUGCUCCAUUGCUUUGGUGGAGGAAUUUUAUCCUGUGUACUGCUUGCAGAGCCUCCGCUGAAGUUUCUUACAAACCACACUAAUAUUUUACUGGCAUCUUCAAUCUGGUAUAUUGUAUUCUUUUGCCCACGUGACCUAGUUUCCCAGGGCUAUUCAUAUCAACCUAUUCAGCUCCUGGCUGCGGGAAUGAAGGAAGUGACCAGAACAUGGAAAAUAGUAGGCGGAGUCUCGCAUGCUAAUAGCUAUUAUAGAAAUGGCUGGAUAGUCAUGAUAGCUGUUGGAUGGGCCCGAGGUGCGGGUGGUGCUGUCAUCACAGCUUGUGAGCAGUUGUUAAAAGGAGACUGGAAACCAGAAGGUGAUGAGUGGCUGAAGAUGUCCUUCCCUUGCAAGGUGACCCUGCUGGGGUCCAUUAUGUUCACUUUCCAGCACACCAGGCAUCUGGCAAUAUCCAAGCACGAUCUCAUGUUCCUUUACACCAUCUUCCUCGUGACCAUAAAGGUAACCAUGAUGAUGACAAAGGACACUGCCGUGACUCUCACGCCCUUUGAGGACACCUUGACUCGGAUGCUGUUUGGCCGGCAGCAGCCACAGUUUUCAUUGAGUGAAAAGAAAGCUGAAGUCAAACCAUCUUCCAAUGGUUCUGCCUCAACAGCAUCCAAGCGGGCCACAGAGUCUUCAGGUGGUGCUAAGAGACACGCCAAGAAAGAAGACUGAGGGUUGUCCCUGAGCUUCAGAGGAAAAAGAAAGAGUUACUUAUCGCUCAGAGUGUGGUGUAGUUCUGUGUUGAUGAUGUGGAAUAGGGCUUAUCUGUAGGGAUGGAGGAGACAGGAGGAGGAAGUGCUUUGUUUCAGGGACACCGCUCGCUCUGCUGAUUGUAACUCUUGGGGUCACGAGUGUAUCAUGUGAAUUUAUUUUUCUGGUGUAAGAGAUUCUCAUAAUUAUUUGAAUAGUUUUAUAUUGAUAAAAGAAUAAUUUUUUAAAUGUUAGAAAAAGUUCACUUGUUACUGCAAAUUCUAAGAAUUUAACACAAAAAAUUCAGUAUUUUUUUUUUACUUUUUGAAUGACUAUAAUUGUGUUUUAAUUCUGUAGAAUUUAACUUUUACUUCAUAUUUCCAGUAUAAUUCCUGUAUAUAGAAGACAAUUCCUAUUUAAUUUUGAACACAGAAAACUUUUCCUAAAUACUUUUUAAUCUAAAAUAAAUUAAUAGUGUAUAUUUGGUGUAUACAUUUAUUUUAUAUAUCCUGCACACAUUAAAAUAUCUGUAAUUUAAUUUAUUUUAGUUUCAAGUAUUAUUUUUCAUUGAGGCCACAAUAUUAAUAUGAGUCUCAGUUUGAACUUUGUUUUAUGCCCUUGUUUUAAAAACUACUUUUUCCUCAGAAAAGCAGGGUUACAAUUUGUGUAUAUCUUUUUCUUUUUGCAACAGCAGUCUCACUCUGUAGUCCAGGCUGGCCUCAAACCUUCUCCUACCUCAGCUGCCCAAGUGCUGGGAUCAUGGGCAUGGGCCACCAUGCCAGGCUAGGAGUAUAGUUUUGAUUGUUAAUAAUUCUGUGUUUGGAACCUGAGUUGUUUUGUCUUUGUCCUUACCCCAUUUCAACAGCUGGAGAGAUCCUUCACAUGCCCUAUGUUUCUCCUGACUCAGUAGUUCUGAAUAGGCUGGUAGCAUGUCUGUGACUCAACAAAAAGUACCACCGUGACUGAAAAUGUGUCCUGUAUCUCUUUUCUGGUGAUCAUUGCUUCAGGAGUUUAUUUGACUGUCUCUUGUGAGUUUGCGUUUGGGUAUCUCUGCUUAAUAGACAUGUGUUUGUUUCUAGUUCUAUCUGAAAUGAAAGCUGUUUUCCUGUGAAAUGCUCAGCUCUCAUGAGGACUGUCUUCCCACGUUUGAUGUGAACCACAGAACCUCACGUCACGUGGUAGACUACUUGAAUGAAGUAAUACAAUAUUAAGUCCGCCACUUCAUUGACAAGAUGAAAAGCAAACAAGCAGACAUACUAAAUGAUAAAUUUUAUUUGCUUUAUUUGGUGCAUAAAAGUCACGUUAUAACAUUAGAAUUCUGUGGUGUGACUUUCGUACCAAGAGCAUGAGCCUGCCAUCUGUGUCAGGUGUUUGUGGUUGGUUAAGAAGCACUUCAAUAAUAUUCAAUAUGUAAAGGUUUUCUUUCUUUUUUUCUCUUUUGCUUUGUUUUUCAAGACAGGGUUUUUUCUGUGUAACAGCACUAACAUUUUUCUUCUUUAGUUUUUAACAAACAUGCACAAUAGCACAAACUUUUACUUGAUUAAGAAAAAGAUUUUGAGUGGGGUACUUUUGAUAACCUUGAGAAAAUGCUUAUUUUUGAUACUGUGACAAAAAGCACUAAAUUGCAUUCUCUAUUAUAUAUUUGAUGAUCUGUAGUUAAAAACUUUGCAAAAUUAAUGUUAUUGGUCAGUUCUGAAGUUUUAACUGUAGUUAAAAUGGUAAGAAUCUUGUUUUUUUCAUUUGUGUUAAAAACAAAUCCAUUAAAAUAAGUACUUUAGUAUUCAA